GUGCCACCGCCACCGGGGCCCCGCCAGCCGCUGCCACCUUCCCCCACUACCGUGCUCCGUGCUUCCAUCGCUCUGCCGGUGCGCCGCUCUCGAUCUUGAGCCCUGUUUGGUGCCGCGCUCCUGGCCUCCUCUGACGCCGUGUCCCUGGCUUCCUGUUACCUUCUUUUAGUUCUUUCGCCCUCGACCACCCGCCACCGCCAUUGUCGCCCCGCCACACUGGAGGCGCGCCAGCGGUGCGCGGCGGCCUAAGCCUUCCCCGUUCUGCUGCCCGCCGACGGCGAUAUCCAACCGGGCGAGGCGACCCUCGGGUUAGUUUCCGUCUUAUUCCUGGCCUGCCUCUGGUUUCUCCUGCUGCCGUCGCUGGUGACGCCUCCCCUUGCUGUGUUCCGCGGGGGCGCUGCACGCCUCUCAGAUCCCGAGCGCGGAUCCGAUCGCCGGCUGCCUAAAGAUUUGUGCGGACAAUUGGGAGAGGCCAGGCAUGGCCAUGGGCGUCGAGGCGAAGCAGGAUGCUUCAUGCAGUAUCAAGAAAACUCUGAGAUGUGCUGUCAGAACAACCUGGAGAUGUGCCUUUGAAUAUCGGGCUCUGUUCAGUCUAUUGCUACUGCUCUACCUGCUGUACAAGUAUUCACCGGGUUUCUUCGCUUUCCUUCUCUCCAAUUCUCCAGUCAUUGGAUGCACGGCCAUUCUCCUUGGUGUACUGAUAAGCUAUGGGGGUGCACAUCUUCCGGAGAUCGAUGAAGACAGGAAGGCUCCUGAAGGUAUUGCAGCUCCAAAGUUUGAGAUUUCUUCCAGAAAUGUAAAUAUUGAAGCAGACCAGAGAUUUUCAGUGCCUGCAAUGAAGGAGAACAUAAUCAGGGAGGCAAGUUUUGGCAGAAGAGACGGUAACAAGUGUAUUGAUCUGGAUGAGAGCGUUCCUCUUCUGAAGGGACCCGAUCUACAAGAUGAGAGAGUUGAUGCUGCAGGUGGUAGACCUGUGAAAAUUCUCACUACUGUUCCUUCCAUGGGGGACAUGAAAACUUAUGCGGAGAAAAGGUCUGAAGGUGCUUUUUUGAGCAGGGACAAGAGCGACGGGUAUGCCAACUUGUUCGAAGAUGUACAUCAGAGAAGAGUUGAUGGGAAAGAAGCAACCUUGGGUGUAUACUCUUCAAGUGAGAAUGUUAGGCAAGAUGCUGAAAUUGUGGCAACUCCAAAUUAUGAAGGGAAAGUAUGUACAGAUUCACAAAGUGGUGAGGUGGUAGAUGCUUCAGAACACAAGGCUGUUGAUGGCGCAACAAGUAAAUGCAGAUGGGGACGUGCUUUUUCUGUGCGUCGGAGGAAGAAGCUGGCUGAUAUAAAGAUCGAGGCUGUUAAUUCUAUUGUGGACAAUCAAUUAGAGAAUCCUCUAUGCUCACCACUCACUGGAGUUGGCAGUCAUGAUAGUUCAUCAGGUUUUGACCCUGAUAAUGCAGAGAGAGACACUCCUGAUGUUUCUAUGACCGGCACUAGUGCCGUGCUCGAUGAGACCGAACCUCUUCUGGGUGCUGAUUGCUCUCAUCCUCAUCACAUUACUAAUGAUGAGUCGGGUAAUCAUUCCAGCAUCGCCUCUCAUGAUUCUCAAGUUGAAAGUGAUAGUAAUGUUGUGGCUGACAAUAGCAAGGCCAAAGAUGAUGGCGAGGAGAAGGAGGAUGCUGGAACUGAGCCUGCGCUUUUGUGGACAGCUGACAAUGAGAAGAAUGUCAUGGAUCUUGGGUACUCCGAGAUUGAGCGCAACCGUAGGUUGGAGACUCUGAUGGUGAGGAGAAAAUCAAGAAAAAACAUAAGAUUUGAGCUAGACAGCAUGGGUGAUAUAGCAGAUGAUUUAUCACAUUCCCGACUUCAGCCUAUUUCAAUUUCAUCACGACAGAUGAACCCAUUUACCGAUGAUGCGGAACUUCCUGGGUCGGCUCCUCCUAUUCUGCAUCCACAAAAGAGCCCCUUCAAUUUCCUUACCGAACAAUCAGCUGAAACCGGUGACCUUGCACAUCACAAUCUGGAAGCCCAGGAAUCCAUGGCGGUUUCGCAUCAAGACACCCUCUUCAAAAGGCACGAAAGCUUCAACAUUGGCAGACAGCCGCAGAGACAUGGUUCCAGGUUCAAACCAUGCUUUGUCCUAGAGGAGUUUAGCUUUGAGGAAGCGGGGGCAAGCAGUUUCCAGAGGCAGUUCAGUGACAGGAGCGUGUCGAGAUUGAGCAUCGUCUCCGAAUGCGACACGGUUUCUUCGGUCGGCGAUCAGGAGCACAACGAACUCAUAAGGAACUACAUCCGUGGGGUGCGCGAGUCGCCUAGCCUGCUAAGACAGGAUAGCGAUCUUGCGUGUGCUGGAAACGAGUGCUCGGAUGGGAUCAGCUUUGUGGACAACGAAACCUUGAAUGCUGUUAUCUGCUGAAUGGAUUACGAGGCAUUGGAGUCUUGGAGAACAUUACACUGCAUAUUGUGACUGGAGAGCGGAGGAGCUUUGCUGUAGCCCUUGCUCAUGAUGCAUACUCCUUUCGUGUCCUCGCUCGUCUGACAGGGUUUGCAUUCUUCCUGUACAUUUGCACAGUUGAAAAUACACUGUCUUGCUGUACAUUCUUGCGUGUAAUAGCGUGAAAAGAUGAGGUGCCAGAAGGCUGAAUACUUGCAUCCAGCUCUAUUUGUUGAUUGUGUUUAUUUGUACUUUCUUCUUCAGUUCUGAAUCAU